AGGCAUGGCGGUGCUCAAUCUGCCGCAGAAGAGCAGCCUCGAGGAGCCAGGCUAUGACCCACGGCCAGGACUCGACAGACUCCCUGCUGGACGCUCCAGUUCUGGAGGCCCUCCAGAGAAGACAUUCCGAUGUGAAGAUUGGCGGAGGAAGUCUUGCGCCCACUUCAACAGGUCUCGCACCACCCAGGUCUCCGGAACUACGGCGGCACUCAGACGUGUCCCCGGCAUCACUCAAAGAACUCGAGAAGCAAACCUGGCCGGACCAAAUCUAUGAGCACGAUGAGGAGCUUUCAAACGAAGACAUGACCCCUUCGCCUCCAACUUAUUCGAGGUUUAGUAACGCAGAACUUUCUGACCACUUGGGGAACUCUCCCCUGAACGAGGAGGUAUUGAUACGGAAAAGAUCUACCGGUGAAAAAGACACGGCAGUGCUGAAGGUGGCCAGCGAGAGGGAGUGGCGCUCCAAAGGCAGGGGAUCGCCGCAGGGCAGCAGGGCAACUUCCCCGUCUGUCGAGAGGAGAGCGUUCGUCCCCCCACAGCAGCAGCCCCAGAUAACCAAGACAGAGGAACCUCCGCAACUGGGAGAAGUAGAACAAGACGAUGUCUGGAGGAGGUCCCAGGCCUCUAGAAGAAGGAAGUCGAGGGUCCAGAAGCAGCACAGCUACGACGAAGAGACCAAACCGACUCCAGCGCCGGCUGCAGAACCCGGCCUGGGUCUUCCUGCUUCACUACCACGGAGGGCUUCAGCUUACGAUGUCUAUGCACCUCUCCCUACAACCGUUUCCCCAGCCAGGAGGUCUUCCUUCAGAGCUCCUCCGCAGCAAGAACCUGACGAUGGGAACACAGGAAGUUCCCCUCUCUCACCAGAAAACGCUUCAGCUCUUUGUGUUGAGGAAGACAGGAGACAGAGGAGAAGAGGAUCCCAAUUACCAGAUAUCACGGCGAUCAGAGGAUCGCAGACCAGAGCUUCGAUAGCAGCCCCAGUGGCCAGGGUCACAGAAUCGGAUGCUAUGAGGAGGCAGACUUCGGUCACUGAUGGAGAAGCCAUCAAGAUAGUCAUACACGAUGUCGACUGUGAUGCGUCUUUCGGUUCCAGAACUACUUCAAAGAGGAGAGUCAAUUUGAGAAGAGACCCUACAGACAAAGCCCACAGGACGAGAGGAUUUGGAAUGCGAGUUGUCGGAGGAAAAGUUGGACUAGAUGGUCGGCUCUUCGCGUAUAUUGUUUGGACCGUUCCAGGUGGCCCUGCAGAGAAGGGAGGACUUCAGCAAGGCGACAAGGUUUUGGAGUGGGGUGGUGUAUCAUUGGUCGACAAGACAUUUGAAGAAGUUUGUUCCAUCAUGGACAGGACUGGGGAUUCAGUCGAAUUACUCGUUGAACAUGGGAACGAUUUGAGGAUGUGUGACUUACUAGAUGAACCGACUCCUUCGACAGCAAGAAAAAACUCCGGGGAAGGUCUCUCCAUCGGCCUCGGAUCCUACACCCAAAGAACGUACUCCAGUUUCUGGUCGUGUUCAACUUCAGGUUUGGUAUAAUGAUGACAAAAAUGAAUUAGUGGUAUCAGUAUUUGCUGCUGAUGAUCUUGCUGCUCGGGAUGACCCAUUAUAUGGUGCUCUUCCAGAAGCAUAUUUACAACUUCGACUUCUGCCAUUUACUGGGGACUCAACUGCUGUCAAAACUGAAGUUGCUGAAGCUACUCAAAAUCCUAUUUGGAAUACAACUCUUGAAUUGAAAAAUGUUCAAGGAGAACAAUUGAUGGAAAAGAGCUUGGAAGUAACUUUAUGGGACUUCAAACCAGAUAAGGAACAAGUUUUUUUAGGAGAAUGUUGUGUAGAUCUACAAAAAGCACUCUUAGAUGACAAUCCUGUUUGGUAUCGACUGGAAGAUCCAAGACAAUUAAGGUCCCCUAGAUCUCCUCGUUCUUCAAUAGCAUCUGAUACUUCAAUACGAACUUUAAGGAGAGGAGAUCGUUCCCUUUCUGAAACGUCCGAUAUAGAGGCUGAAGGAGGCAUGUUUCUUCAUCCUGACCAUGCCUAUAUGGGUGGCUCCCGUCGUGGUUCAAGCCAAUCUGAACAGCUAGAGUUUGAGCCAUAUCAACUCUCCAGAGACUUUUCUCGAUCUCUUCCAGGCUCUAGAAGAAGUAGCUUCCAGUCGACCCAAGAAAAAGAAGGAGACACACCGCCAGUAAAUUACAACAAAGAGCGGCGGCGAUCCUCUAUUUGCCGAGCAAUGAGAGAUCCUGAUGAAAUUCUUCGAAGUUUGAAAGCUGUAAAAGGAGAACUUCUUGGUCGAUCAGGAUCUAUUUCAGAAAAACGAAGAUCAAGAUCGGGGAGUGUGGCUGUUGAAGCAAAAAAGUUUUUAGAAACAGGGCAUUCAAGCGAUGAGGAAGACAAAUGGAGCACAAAAUCUGAUGUCAAGCAGUUGGGUCCUGGACAAAUUCAACCCAGAGGAUACAAACUGAAAGCAGGUGGUCAAGCUGAGAUUAAACUAAGUCUUUUAGUGACUAAAGGCCAAUUAGAAGUGGAGGUGAUCUCUGCCAGAGGAAUUAAAGGAGAACCACCAGAUACUUAUGUGAAAACUUAUCUUCGAGAAGGUGAACGUUGGCUACAAAAAAGAAAAACUCGAGUUGCUCGACACUCUCUUACACCACAAUUUCGCCAGACAUUACGGUAUGCUGCAUGUGACAUAACAGGCAGGUCUCUUCUUGUUAUGCUUUGGUCCAAAUCUAAAGGUUUCGAGUCAAAUGUUGGUCUUGGUGGAGCCGAGGUUGGCCUUGAAAACCUAGCAUUAUCUCAGCUGACCCUCGGCUGGUAUCCUCUCUUUCCUAUCCACACUCUCGGCUCUGAUUCUAAUGAUUCUCCUUAAACGUCCUAAAUAUCUUAUAUUAAGGUCAUUCACCAACCUUAGUAAUCUAUUUGCAACAGUCAGUAAAAUAUAACUUAAAAUCAUACUAAGAUUAUGAAUUAUGUAAUAAAAAGUUAGUAGAUAUCUACUAAAUAAAUGUAUAUUGUCG